GGAAGUGACAGUUUAUGCUGCUGGCUUCACGUAGGUGAAAAUGAUUCUGACAACAACACUAUCGCGUGUCAAACUAGUUAGCUAGAUAUUUGGUUGAAAAGUAAUGAUUGUGUAACACUGGCAGAUAAAUUACAAUCAAAACACCGUUAAAUUGUCACAUCUGCGUAGACUGUGGUUGCUAGCAAUAGCACCGACAGGGCAAGUACACUGUACUACGCUCGCAUCAACUCAACAACAGCGCCGUGGAGGACUAGCUCGCUGGCUUGCUAGCUACUGUUUCCUCCAGCGAAGUGGCUCCGAUGGCGAAAAACACUCUUUCGUCGCGAUUCAGGAAACUCGACAUAGAUGAAUUUGAUGAGAACAAAUUCGUGGAUGAUCACGAUGAGGCUGUCGACAAUCAAGGACCCGACGGCGCGGAGAUAGACAACCUCAUCAGGCAAGGCGACAUGAUGACAGCUUUUCACAUUGCUCUCCGGAACCCUCCUGUCAACACUAAGAAUCCAGCAAUAAAGGAAAGGGCUCUGGCAAUAGUGCUGAGAGUGUUGACGUCAUUCAAGUCCAGUGAUAUCGAGCCAGCUGUCAAGUCGCUAGACAGAAGCGGGGUGGACCUGCUUAUGAAGUACAUAUAUAGAGGCUUUGAGAAGCCCUCUGACAAUAGCAGUGCCAUUCUCCUACAGUGGCACGAAAAGGCUUUCGCAGUUGGGGGCUUAGGGUCAAUCGUAAGAGUUCUGACCGCCCGAAAGACAGUUUGAGGGGACGUGCUUUAUCACAUGGAGCAUCUCCUGCAUGACCACUGACAAGAGGAUUGACUGCCUUCUGUAUAAGGGAAAGUAGCUUAUUACCACAAUACAUUUCUUCCUGAGAAUAAAAACCCUUACACUACAUAAGUUAAAGACAAAAAAAAACAAAGGGAACAUUAUUUUCUGUUAGAAAAUAUUUAGCUGUAACUAAGGAAAUUGAUAUUUGUUCAUGUAUAGGAUUAUCAUUUUUACCUAAUCACGAGUUUGUCGUUCUUUCGCCAUUGCAUUUCUUUCUAAUAUUCAUAAGUAUCAGCAUGUUUCUUUGAGGGUGGGGGAAGGAAAAGAGUUUCCCUAAUGACAUGAACAUGGCAGGUAAAAGGCUGUGCAUCAACUGUUACUUGGUACCAACGGUACCUUUAUACCUGUGUGUGUGUGUGUGUGUGUGUUGUGUGAGCUUGCGAGUAUGUCCUUUGGCUCACAGUGUUGAAUAUUUAGAUUUACGUUAUUCUCAUUGUCAGUUUUGUACAGACAAAAGUACAUUUAAUAUAAAGAGACAGAUUCUUUGAAUUCAAUUAAUUGGUGGGUGGGGGAUUUCAUUGUAAAGUGCCUGCUGCAAUAAAACUCAUGGAUCAUCUUAACUGGG